UCAAACAUCACAAAAAUCACACAAAUACACACUUCAACAAUGGAGGUUCUAUAUCUAUACAUUUCCCUCAUAAUCCUUCUAUUUUCUUACCUCUUCACCACCCAUUUUCGUCGUAAAUCCGCCACUCUUCCACCAACUAUCUUCCCAUCCCUUCCAAUAAUCGGCCAUCUGUACCUUUUCAAACCGCCACUCUAUCGUACCUUAGCCAAACUUGCAUCAAAAUACGGUCCGAUUCUUUAUCUCAAAUUUGGCUCUCGACGUGUCGUAAUAAUCUCUUCCCCAUCUGCCGUCGAAGAAUGUUUCACAAAAAACGACAUCGUUUUUGCAAACCGUCCUAAAAUGUUAUUUGGAAAAAUAAUAGGUGUAAAUUACACUAGUCUUGCAUGGGCACCUUAUGGUGAUAAUUGGCGUAACCUUAGACGUAUAGCUUCUAUUGAAAUACUAUCUAUUCAUCGUCUUAACGAGUUUCAUGACAUACGUGUGGAAGAAGCAAAGUUUUUAAACCGUAAAUUGUUACUUAAUUCGUCUUCACAAGUGGCGGUCAAGGCGGUAUUUUAUGAACUUACAUUGAACAUUAUGAUGAUUAUGAUAUCUGGAAAAAGGUAUUUUGGUGGUGAGAAUCCGGAAAUGGAGGAAGAAGGGAAGCGGUUUCUCGAUAUGUUAAAUGAGACAUUUGUGUUAGCUGGUGCGACGAAUGUUGGCGAUUAUUUGCCGAUUUUGAGUUGGCUUGGAGUGAAAGGUUUGGAGAAAAGGUUGAUUAAGUUGCAAGAAGAAAGAGAUGUUUUCUUUCAAGGGUUGAUUGAGCAACUUAGGAAAAGUAAAGGGAGUGAAAGUGGAAAUAAGAGGAAGACUAUGAUUGAAGUAUUAUUAGCCUUGCAAGAAUCAGAACCUGAAUAUUAUACUGAUGCUAUGAUUCGAAGCUUUGUGCUGGUCUUAUUAGCAGCUGGAAGUGAUACUUCGGCCACAACAAUGGAAUGGGCUAUGGCACUUAUGCUAAACCACCCACAAGUUCUAAAAAAGGCCCAAGACGAAAUCGAUAGAGUUGUUGGCAACAAUCGUCUUGUUGAUGAAUCAGACAUAGCUAAUUUACCUUACCUUCGCUGUAUAAUAAACGAGACACUACGAUUAACCCCUCCUGGCCCGUUACUAGUUCCACACGAGGCAUCAGAGGAUUGUGUUGUUGGUGGCUAUACCAUCCCAAGUGGGACGAUGUUGCUUAUCAAUCAAUGGGCCAUACAUCAUGACCCAAAGAUUUGGGCCGACCCUGAAAUGUUUAAACCGGAAAGAUUUGAAGGGCUGGAAGGUACACGAGAUGGAUUUAAGCUAUUGCCAUUUGGGUCAGGAAGGAGAAGUUGUCCUGGAGAAGGGUUGGCGGUUCGUGUGAUUGGGAUGACUUUGGGUUCAGUGAUCCAAUGUUUUGAUUGGGAACGGAUGAGUGAAGAAUUGGUCGAUUUGACCGAAGGUCCUGGGCUCACAAUGCCUAAGGCAGUACCGUUGGUCGCCAAGUACAAACCGAGGCCAGAGAUGAAGAAUUUGUUGUCCCAACUUUAAGUUGAAUUAAGGAUACCUAUCUUUUUGUUCCUAUACAAAUUGGUGAUGAAUCAUGUAACGUUUCACUGUUUCUAGCCUUUUUUGUAUUUUUUGGAUUACGAAUAUUUGUAUGAUUCUAUAUAGUUUUAAUCUAGAAAACAUAUAUAUAAAUAGUAGUAUAUACGACUCAAUAGUAAUUUUGUCACUUA